UACCUCCUGAGCUUCCUGAUACCGAGAUUUGACACGUAAGACACGUAUCCGUUUCCCCCUACACCUAGAUGCGUCUAAAUGUCAGUAAACUUUGACAGGCCAGUUAUUUCUGCGUGUGUUUCUUAAUAUUAGGUUAUAAGUGAAAACUUCUUUCUCGAGGCGGCGUUUCACGGAAAGCCGACAAAAUGAGUACGACAACCGAGCAACCGUGCUACACCCUGGUAAACGUACCAAUGGACACCGAGCCGCUCCAGCCAAACGAGCUGCAGCUGAAGCUUGACCUGGAGAAGGGCACCUUGAAGGCAAAGAUCGAUGCUAUUAAGAAGAUAAUCCUGCUGUUGCUGAGCGGCGAGAGGUUGCCCGGAUUGCUGAUGUCGAUUAUCAGAUUCGCCCUGCCCCUGCAGAAUCACACUGUCAAGAAGCUGCUACUGAUAUACUGGGAGAUCGUACCGAAGACCUCCGCCGACGGCAAGCUUCUGCAGGAAAUGAUUUUAGUGUGUGAUGCGUAUAGGAAGGACCUGCAGCACCCAAAUGAAUUCGUCAGGGGAUCCACUCUCAGAUUCUUGUGUAAAUUGAAAGAGCCAGAACUUCUGGAGCCACUGAUGCCAGCGAUCAUUGGUUGCUUGGAGCACAGGCACUCCUACGUCAGGCGUAACGCGGUACUCGCCAUCUUCACCAUCUACAGAAACUUCGAGUUCCUUAUUCCGGAUGCUCCGGAAUUGAUAGCGAAGUACCUCGAGGGCGAGCAGGACAUGUCGUGCAGGAGAAACGCGUUUCUCAUGUUGCUGCACGCCGAUCAGAGCAGAGCGCUCGCCUACCUCGCCGCAUGCCUCGAUCAAGUGCCCAGUUUCGGCGAUAUACUGCAGUUGGUCAUCGUUGAGUUGAUAUACAAAGUUUGUCUCGCGAAUCCAUCGGAAAGGGCACGUUUCAUCAGAUGCAUCUACAGUCUGCUAAAUUCGCCGAGCGCGGCGGUGCGUUACGAAGCAGCGGGCACGUUGGUGACGCUCUCCAGUGCGCCAACCGCCAUCAAAGCCGCGGCUUCCUGCUACAUUGAACUGGUCGUCAAGGAGAGCGAUAACAACGUCAAGCUCAUCGUGCUGGAUCGGCUGAUCGCUAUGAAGGACAGUCCCGUGUAUGAAAGGGUGCUGCAAGAUCUGGUGAUGGAUGUGCUCCGUGUUCUAGGAUCACCAGCACUGGAAGUCAGGACGAAGACUCUGGCUCUGGCUAUGGAUUUGGUAACGACUCGUACAAUCGAAGAGAUGGUCCAGCUGUUGAAGAAGGAAGUCCUCCGGACAGCCGGCGGGGAACACGAGGACGCUGGCAGGUACCGCCAACUCUUGGUACGGACUCUUCACGCUUGCUCCAUGAAGUUCGCGGACGUCGCUGUCACCGUCAUCCCGGUGUUGACAGAUUUUCUGUCGGAGAACAACGAAGCAGCCGCUACGGAUGUUCUCGUGUUCGUUCGCGAAGCCAUUCAGAGAUUUGAAAAUCUCAGACCGCUGAUUAUCGAGAAACUUUUAGAGGUAUUCCCUCAUAUACGGUCGGUAAAAGUGCACAGAGCUGCACUCUGGAUUCUUGGUGAAUACGCCACGUCGAAGGAGGACAUAGAAGCUGUGAUGGGCCGUGUGCGUGCAGCGUUGGGCGAGCUGCCGUUGCUCGAGGCAGAAAAUAAGCGUCAAGCUGGCGAAAAGUCCGAGGACGGUAACUCGCAAGCCGCACCCGCGCAGCUCGUCACGUCCGAUGGAACGUAUGCGACGCAGAGUGCUUUCAGUGCGACGUCUGCGAGAAAGAAGGAGGAGAAGCGACCAGCAUUGACGCAGUACAUGAUGGAGGGCGACUUCUUCAUCGGUGCGUCCUUGGCCACGACGUUGGCGAAACUAGCCCUCCGUUACAAGAUGCUCGAGAGCAGUCUCCAGAAGAGCAACCGGUUGCAAGCCGAAGCGAUGUUCGUGAUGUCGAGCGUAUUGCAGCUCGGCCGUUCGGGUCUUCCGAUAAAAGCUAUGACUCACGACGACGCGGAAAGGAUCUCUCUAUGCCUGAGAUCCCUCGCUUGCCCAACGCCCGUCGUGCAAAAGGUCUUCACCGAGGGAUGUCGCGACGCUCUCGGUCGCAUGUUGACAGCGAAGGCGGAGGAGGACUCGCAGAAUCAAAAGGCCAAGGAGAAGCCGGGCAGCGUGGUUCAAGUCGACGACGCGAUUCAAUUCCUGCAGCUGAGUCGGGGAUCCGACUUAGCCGGUGGCGCCGGCGACGUCUUUGAGCAGAGCUUGAGUGCGGCUGUAGUGGGUCGUCCCGGUGCCAGCGGAGAUGCCCCGGCUCCGAGCGCCCUAAGCAAGGUCACCCAACUCACUGGCUUCUCGGACCCGGUCUACGCGGAAGCGCUGGUUCACGUCAAUCAAUACGACAUCGUGCUCGAUGUCCUGAUUGUCAAUCAGACGGAGGACACCCUGCAGAAUUGCACUUUGGAAUUGGCCACGAUGGGUGAUCUGAAACUCGUGGAGAGACCGCAGCCGAUCGUACUUGCGCCGAGAGACUUCGCCACUAUCAAGGCGAACGUGAAGGUCGCGUCUACGGAGAAUGGAAUCAUAUUCGGCAAUAUCGUUUACGAUGUAUCGGGAGCGGGAUCCGACAGAAGCGUAGUAGUUCUGAACGAUAUACACAUCGACAUCAUGGAUUACAUAGUGCCUGCGACGUGUACUGACGCGGAAUUCCGUCAGAUGUGGGCCGAGUUCGAGUGGGAGAACAAGGUCUCGGUCAACACAGCUCUAUCCGAUUUGCGAGAAUAUCUUGCUCAUUUGUUGAAGUCUACAAAUAUGCGUUGUCUCACGCCUGAGAAAGCCCUUUCGGGACAAUGUGGAUUUAUGGCGGCAAAUAUGUAUGCAAAAUCGAUAUUCGGUGAGGACGCACUGGCGAAUUUGUCCAUCGAGAAACCGUUGAACAAAGCGGAGGCGCCAGUGGUCGGUCAUAUCCGUAUCAGAGCAAAAAGCCAGGGCAUGGCUCUGUCACUGGGCGACAAGAUUAAUUCAGCGCAGAAGGGCCCGCAAACAAAGGUUGUGCAGGCUUCUUAAGUCGCAUCGUUACGAUUAAAAUCAUUUCUCAGGCUUUCCAAGCGAGGAUGGAAACUUUUACGAAAUCGGCAAGACUAACGAUGUUACUAAAUGAUUUUCGCGUAUUUCUGGCAUUUCAAUCAUCGAGACAACACGAGCAUCCCGACAUUUUACUGACAUCGCUGGGAUUUCUUUUGGAUUAGUGGAUUAUUUGGCAAUCUAAAUAUAUUGGACUGUCGUUGAUAUCGCAGUUACAUUAAAACGUAUUAUGCAACGUACGUCCAUGUUAAUUUAUAUCACAUUUGAUUAUAUUUCCUACCGAUGCUAUUGUCACAUAAGCAUGCAAUAGUGCGCAACGCGAAGGUAGGAUGUAUUCAUAAAUAAGAGAAUAAAUAUAUACAUAUGAAACACUUUACCUACAUAAAUAUUUCGUUUUCCUUAAUUUUUUUCAGAUGCAAUUAUAUAGAGAAUAAUGUAUGUCUUUUUUAAAUAAAAUAACUAAGAAAAUGGAAAA